AUGGGGAAGCAUGGGAAGCAGAGAGGGAGUGCCGCCGGCCAGCAAGCGGACAAGGCGAAGGAGAGGAACGAAAGGGCCAGGCUGAGGAAGGACCGGAUGCGGAACUCGCUGUACUCGUCGAGCGCCGACGAUCGAGAUUUCGAGGCUCAGGUCGAGCAGAUCGGGUGCAAGAUCAAGUUUAUCCAAGGAGACGGCAACUGCCUCUUCAGGAGCCUCGCGGACCAACUGGAAGGUCGGUCGGAGGAUCAUUCCUCCGUCCGAGCGAAGGUUAUGGAUCACCUACAGAGAAACAGAGAAGUUUUCGAGCCCUACAUGGAAGACGACGAGACUUUCGGCGACUACCUGGAGCGCAUGCGAGGGGAGGCAGAGUGGGGGGGGAACCAGGAACUCGUGGCCGCGAGUCAGCUGUACAAGACCAAUGUCGUUGUGCACCAGUUCAAGGCACCUAGAUUUUUCAUCCCGUGCGAGAAGGCCAGACGGACAAUCCACUUGAGCUACCACGGGGAGCACCACUACAAUAGCGUUAGGGCAAUAGGAGACGAAGCCAAUGGGCCUGCGCUGCCGAUAACCCUCCAGACUCCGACAUCGAAAGGAGGCUCGCACAAAAGAGAAAGCCCAUGGCCUGAGGAGGAAGCGGCUGUGGCUCGAAGCUGCCCGUGGGCAUCCCCACCGAAUAUCGUGGCGGCCUUGGAAACCACCGGAGGAAGAGGCGACGACGCAAUAGAGCUCCUAAUCGCCGCUCGAAACGAGCCUGGCCUUGAGGAAGGUGUCGACAACACGGCGGGAGACAAGAAGGGGACGGGGAAGCUAGAAGAUGGUGGGGACUCCGGCGAGAAACCGCAGGAGAACGGGCGACCCGGCGAAGGGAAGGGCAGGGGUGGAGGCGUCGCGAAGAAGAGCGAAAAGGCGGCCAAGAAGGUCGCGAGAGCUUCGGACUGCCCGUGUGGCUCGGGCCUCAAGUACAAGAAGUGCUGCCGCAAGAAAGACGCUGCGAUAGCCCGCGGACAAAUUGAUGCUCCUGCAGAGCCGGACGCGUCGGGGGACUCUUCGGUUGUAGAUGAUCUGGGAUCACUGGUUAUUUGAUUGCGCGCGCGCCGCACUAGAUAUAUUUUACCCUGCUCGGCCGGAGAUGUCCAAGGACGCCUCGCUUGUAGGCGAUUUGUUAUCGUGCCCUGUUUCCGUUGUAUAUACUAGCCCAGGGAUUGCCCCCAGCGUCGCCUGAAGCCGCACCUCUAUUGCUUUCUUCCCGCCGCGAAAGAGAGCUUGGCUGAUCGUGAGAGAGGAGGGUGCAAAACAGAACCGAAAUUAAAAACAAAGUGCAUAGAUGCAUUUGAAAUAUCUCUACAGUAGUGUAGUAAUUCCUUUGUUGGUUUCCCCACGAAACGUUUGCGUGUACCCGCUGUCUGCUGUUUUUUGCGAUCCGGUAAUUGUUAGAGUGUUUGCCGGAUGUGCUAGUACGUACAAGAGAUUUUGUUGCUGCUGUGUUCGCACGAAAGCUGUAUUCGCACUAAAAAUGCGCGUUUCGAGGAGAAGCAUCGUGUCAUCUACACCGAAGAAAUUUUGUUCAUGACGAGGAACGCCGUUGUUAUGCCUACAACCAAGGCAAGACUAGCAACUGUUUGCGGAGCCUGGUCGCAGCGUGAUGCAUCAGCCACGCUCCGUCAAAAGGGAAUAACUACGGUGCGUUCCUGUACACACGAACACCAGUGUCAGCCAAAAUCUUAACGUUCUACUUCACACUGACGGACCGGUCAUGGUGCAUCAUCACUCGACCAGCAUCCAGGUUCGUACCCUGUUCGACGUAUUUUCUAUCCCUCGAUCCAACAAACUUGAU